AAGAUGGCCGCCCCUGAGGACGGCUGCGCGGCGGGGCGGGCGUCUGCGCGCGGGCCGGAGCGGGCGCCCGAGGCUGGAGAAGAGUUCGAGAUCGUGGGCCGGAGCCAGCUGCCGACGCCGGGCGAGCUGCGGAGUGUGGGGAGGCCGCGGGCGGCAGCCGAAGGCUGGUCAGCACCCAUCCUGACCCUGGCGCGAAAGGCCACGGAGAACCUGUCGGCGAGCUGCGGGGGCGCGCUGCGCGCGGCCGCGGUGCUGGGCGGCGGGGACGGCGGCGGGGACGGCGCGGCGCGCGCAGCUUCCAAGUGCCAGAUGAUGGAGGAGCGUACCAACCUGAUGCACAUGAUGAAACUCAGCAUCAAGGUCUUGCUCCAGUCGGCCCUGAGCCUGGGCCGCAGCCUGGAUGCAGACCAUGCCCCCUUGCAGCAGUUCUUUGUAGUGAUGGAGCACUGCCUCAAACAUGGGCUGAAAGUUAAGAAGAGUUUUAUUGGCCAAAAUAAAUCUUUCUUUGGUCCUUUGGAGCUGGUGGAGAAGCUUUGUCCAGAAGCAUCAGAUAUAGCUACUAGUGUCAGAAAUCUGCCAGAAUUAAGGACAGCUGUAGGAAGAGGCAGAGCUUGGCUUUAUCUUGCACUCAUGCAAAAGAAGCUGGCAGAUUAUCUGAAAGUGCUCAUAGACAAUAAACAUCUCUUAAGUGAGUUCUAUGAGCCUGAGGCAUUAAUGAUGGAGGAAGAAGGGAUGGUGAUUGUCGGCCUGCUCGUGGGACUCAAUGUUCUUGAUGCCAAUCUCUGCUUAAAAGGAGAGGACUUGGAUUCUCAGGUUGGAGUGAUUGAUUUUUCCCUCUACCUUAAGGAUGUGCAGGAUAUUGAUGGUGGCAAGGAGCACGAAAGAAUUACUGAUGUCCUUGAUCAAAAAAAUUAUGUGGAAGAACUUAACCGGCACUUGAGCUGCACAGUUGGGGAUCUGCAAAUCAAGAUAGAUGCCUUGGAAAAGACAAAUUCAAAACUUCAAGAAGAGCUUUCAGCUGCAACAGACCGGAUUUAUUCACUUGAAGAAGAACGGCAACAAUUAAGAGAACAAAAUGAUUUAAUUCGAGAAAGAAGUGAAAAGAGUGCAGAGAUGACAAAGCAGGAUACCGAAGUUGAGCUGGAGACUUACAAGCAGACCCGGCAAGGUCUGGAUGAAAUGUAUAGUGAUGUGUGGAAGCAGCUAAAAGAGGAGAAGAAAGUCCGAGUGGAACUAGAAAAAGAACUGGAGUUACAAAUUGGAAUGAAAACUGAAAUGGAAAUUGCAAUGAAAUUACUGGAAAAGGACACCCACGAGAAGCAGGACACACUCGUUGCCCUCCGCCAGCAGCUGGAAGAGGUCAAAGCGAUUAAUUUACAGAUGUUUCACAAAGUUCAGAGUGCGGAGAGCAGCUUACAGCAGAAGGAUGAAGCCAUCACAUCCUUUGAAGGAAAAAUGAACCAAGUUAUGUCCAGCAUGAAACAAAUGGAAGAAAGGUCACAGCACUCGGAGCGCGCCAGGAAGGGGGCGGAAGAGAGGAGCCACCAGCUGCAGCAGGAGCUGGGCAGGAAGGCCGGCGCCCUGCAGCUGCGGCUCACCCAGCUGCACGAGCAAUGCUCAAGUCUAGAGAAAGAGUUGAAAUCAGAAAAAGAGCAAAGACAAGCUCUUCAGCGAGAAUUACAGCAUGAGAAGGACACUUCCUCUCUACUCCGAACAGAGCUACAACAAGUAGAAGGAUUAAAAAAGGAGCUGCGGGCGCUCCAGGAUGAGAAGGCAGAGUUACGGAAGGUUUGUGACGAGCAGGAACAAGCCCUCCAGGAAAUGGGACUGCACCUCAGCCAGUCCAAGCUGAAGAUGGAAGACAUAAAAGAAGUGAACAAGGCACUGAAGGGCCAUACUUGGCUGAAAGAUGAUGAAGCAACACACUGUAAGCAGUGUGAAAAGGAGUUCUCCAUUUCCCGGAGGAAGCACCACUGCCGCAACUGUGGCCACAUCUUCUGCAACACCUGCUCCAGCAACGAGCUGGCCCUGCCCUCCUACCCCAAGCCAGUGCGUGUGUGUGACAGCUGCCACACUCUGCUCCUGCAGCGCUGCUCCUCCAUGGCCUCCUAGGCCCAGAAGCUGCCUACAGGGGCAUCAGCCUGUUGACCUUGUCCUCAGGGCAGCAGGCAGCCUUGGGAACAGUGCCAAACUCUUUGGGUCUCCAGGGACCACCAGGAGCUUGGGAAGUUGAUUCUCAAGAGAAUCAAAAAGGAAUCUAUCCCUCAUCAGAGCUGCUGGCCCUGGAAGACAGCAUUCAGGAACUGGAAGCUGAGCGCCUUUCCAUUCCUCACGUGGGAUCAACUCCUAUGGAUCAAAACUCUUCCACAUCACUGGCUUUGGUUCAGAUGCAACUUCAUGAUUUUGCUACUGAUCUUUUCCUCUUCAAAGAAAUAACCUAUUUUACAGCAACUAUACUUGUUAGUAAUGUUUCUCAUGCCUACCCCCCCAACUCACAGAAACUUUGAUUUGUGCCCAAUACUUCAUACCAUGCAGGGUCUGUCGGUGCCUCCUCUGCGUCAGUCCAGAGAUUUGCCAUUUCAUGCCCUUGUGAAUACCUAUUGUUGGCCCUGCAAUAAAAAUCAUUUAUUUUUUACAGAAAAUGAGCUUUUGCCAACUACACAGGAACCUGUCAAGCUCUCACCCCUAGCCUGCCCUUAGGGGCCUCAGAGAGCCCCUCAUGGAGUCUCUAGACUGAAGGCCCACAGGGAAGGUUUGCUGUGAAGCUGUUGGCAUUGCUGAACUGUACCCCCACCCACGUGUGCCAAGGGUCAGCCUACUAUUAGUGGA